AUGACGGUGUAUGUUGUGUUGGAUGAAAGGGAAAGUAAGCUCCGCGCGCGUAAGGGAGCUUUGUUUUGUUUUCGUGGGCUUCUUUACUAUAAAGUAGAGCGAAUUAAGAAAAAAAUCGCUUCGAUAUCUUGUGCAUACAAGAAUAUUUUAAGUGUAGAACAAACAGGCUUCCCACCCACGUAUCUCGAUAACGCAGCAUCCCGUUCCACAGAGAAGUUAAUCUGGCGCACGGUAACAGGAAACAUGCCGAUAAAGUGCUAG